AUGGAAAAUAUUAGCCCAAAUAGAGGCAAAACAUGUGCUAUGACAAGAGAAAUAAGAGAAUUAAUAUCACAAAAUUUUACUGAUAUUAAAUCUCAAACAAAUAUGAAAACAGAACAAAUUGUUCAACAAUUAAUGGUUCAAUUUAAGAGGUCAAGAGCUUCUAUUUAUAAGGUUAUAAGGACUUAUUAUCGAUUAUUAAAAGAAGCGGGAUAUAAAAAGAAGAAAACAAGAGAUAUAAUAAGAGAUGAAAAGAUUAAAUGUCCUGGAAAACGGUAUAAUGUAAUCCAUGUGGGUGGAGAGGACGGUUUUGUUGAAAAUGGAUUGUUUUUAAGUGUAAAUGAAGAAUUAAAUAGUGAAAAAUUUGAAAAUUGGAUGGAAACACAAGUAAUUCCAAAUCUCAAAGAAAAAUGUGUCAUUGUCUAUGAUAAUGCAAAAAUUCAUUCAAGAAUUUUAAACAAAGGACCAAAAAGUAAUUGGCGUGUCAAUCAAAUUAAGGAAUGGCUUAACAAUAAUAAUAUUAGCUUUAAUGACAAAUUAAAGAAAAAGGAUUUGCUAAUAUUAGCUAAAAAGCAUAAAAAAGUUAGAAAAUAUGCGUUAGACGAGCUCAUCAAAAAAGCUGGUCAUAUACCACUUAGAACACCACCUUAUAAUUGUGAUGUAAGUAUUAUAAUUUCGUUUAUGUUGAUCGAGUGUCCGUCACUAACUUAA